GCACCCCCUGAGGGGGUACGUGGCAGUGACGUCGCGGCCCGCCCUCUUUUCGCCUUGUUUGGCUGUUCGAUGCGGAGGCCGGUGUUCGUAGCCCAGCCGCCCCGCGACGCCGAGAGCCGCCCCGGGUCCGCGCGACAGAGCCACAGAUUAUGAGCCUCCAUGAAUACGAGGAAACGCCACGGCUCCCGAAACACUGAUCAAGGCGUUUACCUGGGGCCGUCCCAGACGCAAGCUUUCUCUCCGCUGGGUGUCCCUCCCGCUGCGGCUGUUGCUGCCACGGCCGUCCCUGUCAGCCCUCCUCAACCCCAGUGGGACACCAUGUCGUGUCAAGACCGCACCCUGGAGUUCCGCUCGGCCUGCAAGUCCUUGCAAAGCAGAGAAAACGGGCUUCACGUGAACAAGCCGGCGCAGAGUGGUGCCAUCCGGCAAAGGAGUGAAUUUACCCUCAUGGCCAAGCGCAUUGGGAAGGAUCUCAGCAACACCUUCGCCAAGCUGGAAAAGCUAACGAUUUUGGCCAAACGGAAAUCGCUUUUCGACGACAAGGCCGUGGAGAUAGAGGAACUGACCUACAUCAUCAAGCAGGAUAUCAACAGCCUCAACAAACAGAUCGCACAACUCCAGGAGUUUGUCAAAGCCAAAGGCAGCCUGACGGGCAGGCACGUGCAAACACACUCCAACACCGUGGUGGUUUCUCUGCAGUCGAAGCUGGCUUCCAUGUCCAAUGACUUCAAGUCCGUUUUGGAGGUGCGGACGGAGAAUCUUAAGCAGCAGAAAAGCCGGCGAGAACAAUUCUCCCGUCCCCCAGUGGCCACCAUGUCUCUUUCUGCAAACAACCUAGGUUCCAGCGUGCUUCAGGACGAGCGUCGGUACUCGGGAGAUGUGGCCAUUGACAUGGACAAUCGGACGAGCCAGCAGUUGCAGCUAAUCAAUGAGCAGGAUUCAUACAUCCAGAGCCGGGCGGACACUAUGCAGAACAUUGAAUCGACCAUUGUAGAGCUGGGCUCCAUAUUUCAGCAACUGGCACAUAUGGUUAAAGAACAGGAAGAGACGAUCCAGAGAAUCGAUGCCAACGUGGAGGACACUGAGCUGAACGUGGAAGGGGCCCACAUGGAAAUCCUGAAGUACUUCCAGUCCGUCUCCUCCAACCGGUGGCUGAUGGUGAAGAUCUUCCUCAUUCUGAUCAUCUUCUUCAUCAUCUUUGUGGUCUUUUUGGCCUGACGGAGGAGGGGGCUCGACCUCCCAUCCCCUCCUAUGCCGUCCUUCCCGAGCCGCCAUGGACACUGGACACUUCCACGUUGGGCCAAGCCAGCCGGCCACGGAGGGCAGGGCCGUCCUCGCCUCGACCCUGCGCCGAAGAGCUCCGCCUACUCUUGGGUUCCUUGGCCGACAACGAGGCUGCCCCCUCUCGGGACGAUGCUGCGAAAGGGCCUUGCUGCAGAGCCCUCCUCGUCCCAUGGGACUCAGCCCUGGGAGCGUGUGCGUACUGCUGUGUCUCUCAACCUGGGCCGCUUUAAGAUGGGUGGAUUUCAACUCCCAGGAUUCCCCAGCCAGGGGCAUUCUGGGAGUUGAAGUCCACCCAUCUUAAAGCGGCCCAGGUUUAGUGACAUUGGGAUAGCGGGACCAGCAUCUUCCCUCUUCCUCUUUUGUGUACAUUUUCCCAACCCCUGACGCGCUAACAAGAACCUUCUUUAUUUUUUUUUUAUGUUUUAAAAAAAAACAACACAAAUAUACGAUGAGUAUCUCAGAAUGGAAUCCAGCUUCCACGCCCUUCCUCCUGGAUUCCUGGGCGAAGAGAGCUGGGUUUUCAGGAUCCGGAUCCGGAGGCUGGAUUCUCUCCCUCGUUUUAACGUAUUUAACAGAUUGUCUUCUUUUUUUUCUCUCUUUUUUUCCCC